GAGAGAUGCUCCAUUCCUAUCUCACCGCGUGUCCGACUGGUUUCUCGUAGGUGCACUCUGCUGGGUUCUUCGAGGCCUCCACGUUCGUCCCUGCGCUCUUUGCAUCUUCCCAGAGUUGUUGCACGCCCAGCGUGGAGCGUUCGGUUCACCGAGUGCUUUCUGCUCGCUGGUCCGCUGCGGAACUCUGUGUCGUAGACGCGUUUCCAGAGGACUGAGUUCACUGCGUUGUUAGAACUUACGUAGCUUCCGGUAAACGCUACGGUGCAUGUCGGAGUUAGGGCUCCCUGCACUGGAGACACCAGCAGCCUCAAGCCGGAGAACUCAACGCUCUCCCCGCAGACCCCGGCUCCCCCUCCUGACUUCCGGUGCCUCAGACCCUUCUCUUCUCAGUUCAGUGCAACCUGCUUGUGACUCCGCCACCAGAGCACGUCCCGUAGGCAACACAGUGUCGAUGAAGCAAAAGAAGAAGAAAAUCCCGACUAGGGUCUCUGGGACAAAUGGAGACGAAAAGACCUCCGAGAAACCUGUUCCAGAGGAAGCUCCCCCCAGUGCUGAGGCCCAGGCGGAGCAGCUGGCGAGGGAGCUGGCCUGGUGUGUGGAACAGCUGGAGCUGGGUCUCAAGACGCAGAGACCCACCCCGAAGCAGAAAGAGCAGGCUGUUGGGGCAAUCCGAACCUUGCGCAGUGAGAAAACUCCCUUGCCUCGGAAGAGACAGCUGAUGCGCUCCUUGUUUGGGGACUACAGGGCUCAAAUGGAUGCCGAAUGGCGGGAAGCCCUGAAGGCCCUCAGGACUGCUACCCAGUCAGCCCGGGUCCAGCUUGUAGGCGAUGAGGCCAGAAAGAAGAGCGGAAGGGUCUGCAGGCCUCGUCCAGCGGGAAGAACCAAGGCCACUGUGGACUCUACUGAUGAAGAGUUUCGGUUCAAUUUCUUUUAGAUGCUCCUACAUUCUGGACUAGUCAUCCUCCUCUAGCGUGGUGUGGGGAUUUGUCUUGAGUGCAGGGCCCGGCUAGGAAUUGCUCUCAGCGGAAGUGGGAUUGGUUUGUCCCUAUCUGGUGUGUGGAUGGGAAGCUGCUGGCCCUGAGAGACUCCUUAUGGGAACUUUUGGAGGAGAUGAUCCUCCGGUCAGAAGAGAGACGCAUUUGGGAACUCCUCUGUGAUAAGCCUGCUUGUUGGGUGGGUUGUAGAAAGAAAUGGUCCUCCGGUCACUGGGAGUAGCUGUUGGCGGUGAGGAACUGAAGAAGCUGUGUAAUUACUUACACAUAGCGCUCACUUUGAACGGAUGCCCUGGCCAUUGGCUUAGAGCUUUAUCUAUUGUUAGCGCACCCUAAUAAAUAUUUUUUUCUAUACACAAAUACUUUAUUACUGCAAUAUACACAAACUAUAAAGGAAUAAGAAGUUAAAAUAUCCGCAUUGUAACAAGCAGGUGGCAGUUGAACGUCCGGGGUGGAGAGAAGGCUGGGACGGACUGCAGUGGAUCGGAUUCCCGUGGUAGAAAGGUGUCUUCAGCGGCGAAGGGGGUCCGGGUGCAGCAGCUUCUCAACCACACUUUCCUCGCUCAGGCUCCAUUCAGGGGGAGAUGUGCAAUCUGCUGCUCCUCAGGCAGGUCAGAACUCUCAAAAUCUGGAGGACUGAAAGGGAAGAGCUUUUCUAUUUCUGGGUAGGUGUCAUCAGAAGCAGGAACAGAGCUUUUGGUCUUAGUAGGCUUCUUGGUGAUCUUUAGUGCUGAAGCAUGUGCACGUGUGUCUUCCUGUCCCACACUCACCUUCUUGACAGUUGAAGUUGGCGGUUUUUGUUUGAGGGGCUUAUUAGUCUCCACCGGCUUUCCUAUAACCCUGUUGACAGUUCCCAGAGCCUUUCUGCUGGCUUUAGGCAAGGCUGGAGCAUCGAACACUUUGCCAGCUUGUGGUACUGAGACCUGCAAGUUCCCAUCUAAGGCCUCGACACCAGAGCCCAACUUCAACCAGUCCUUGGAUGCCAAAGGGCUGCCUCGGUCUUCAUUAUCCUUAUCAACAAAGACCAGACUAGCCAUCCUGGAUUACUCCGCGAUAUCCUACCAGCCUCACCCCUUACAGAAGACUCUAGGCCCUAGAGUCUAGGGUGUCUAAGCCCUUCCUGGACUAAAGAAUCCUUCUAGCAAGUAUGUAGUUCUUGGUCAAGUCAAGUCAUCAUGUAGUUACCUGUACCCGGAGCCUGCUUCAGGGAGAAUUUAAGGCACAUGCCAGGUUUUGCUUAGGUUACUAAGCUAUAUCUGGAAAGGGCACCUUCACAGCAAGCCUUGAAGUCCAGGGAGACUAUCUCCAAUGGUUUGGGUGUUGAUGAAUUAUUACUGGGGAUAGAAGAAGUUAAAUAUCUGAGUGACCAAGGUUGCCUGCAGGGAAAAUCUCCUAGAGGGAAAAUACAGUCAUAACAAGAGAAAAGUCCUACUUUAUUAACCAACACCAGGGAUGUUGUCCUGGGGAUCAGCAUCAUAUUAGAGGAGAUUUGCUCUUCAUUCUUCUGACACCAGACUGUUCUGUGAUUUGAUCCAGAAAAAGAGCCACAUAGAAUAUUGGAAACGUUAAGCCAAGAUCAUCCUAGGAACCUUCUAUAACGCUGUAGAUGCAGAGCUGACGGGGAUACUUCUCCAUGCGAAUGGUACCAGGGAUCCUGUAGGUGUUUUGUAUAGAAAGUUCUCAUGGGGCUAGAGAUGGCUGUGUUGAUAAACUGCUUGCCCUGAAAGCACAAGGACCUCAGUUCGUUCCCAGAAGCCACACGAAAACACCAUGUGUGGUAGCAAACAUUUGGAAUUCCAGCAGUGGUGAGGCAGGGGCAGGAAGAUUCCUUGGGCUCAGUAGCCAGCCGGAAUAGCUCAAGAGAUGAACCAUGGGUAAAAUAAAAUAAAAAACAAGAUGAUCCCUAAGGAUGAACACUCAAGGUUGUCCUCUGGCAUUGACAUGAAUACACACAUGUGCAUACAUGCCUGCACAUGCAUGGAACUUCUUGCCAGCAAGAAGCCACAGGCUGCCUCAGAAUCUGUAAUGAUUGUAUACCCUUAGACAA